UUGUUUACAGCUUCACCUCCGUAUACUGUACAUUUUAUGAUAAAAUUCUACGCAGCCGAUCCUUGUUCACUUGAGCAGGAAUUAACUAGAUAUUUAUUUUUUCAACAAGUAAAAAAUGACGCCCAAACGGGACGGCUUCCAUGUAAUUUCGCUGAUGUAGCACAAUUAGGAGCGUAUGUAUUGCAAGCUGAGCUUGGAGAUUACAAUCCUCAAGUCCACACUGAUGGAUAUGUUUCUGAAUUUCGUUUUGUACCAAAACAGUCUGAAGAACUUGAAGAUCAGGUCAUGGAGUAUCAUAAGACCGUAUCGUAA